UUCUCCUUUCCCCAUCCCCGUUCCCACACACCUUUCCGUUCUCCUUCCACCACCUUCCAUUCCUCAUCUCACGAUCAUUCCACCUCUGCCACAACCACAACAGGCAUCGGUGAGAGAGUCUUCAGGUUCCAGCCAACGGGGUCUCCGAGCGCCUCGUCCGCAGCCAUUUUGACACAGAACCUGACGUCUCUCAGUGCCUUCACUAUUUGCUACAGACUCCGCCUCUUCUAUUACCGGAGAGAGUCUGUGGUUCUGUCUUACGCUAUCAGUGACGAGGAUAAUAAUGUCAUCAGAUUAGACCACACCACCCGAGGCUUCCGAAUGCAGUUAGUUGGAGCGCUGAACACCUCGGAGCAAAGCACACCCCUGUGGCAUUGGCGGCAUUAUUGCUUAGCGGCCAACCUCUCUUCGGGAGAUUGGGCCAUGGCCGUUCAGGGUGAAAUCACCAUCAGGGAUCAAGGCGACAUAAGGCUAAUCAACAAGAGCAUAGACGGCGAUGGAGUUUUAAUUCUGGGCCAAGACCAAGACGUGCUCGGAGGAGGGUUUCAGGAGGACCAGUCCCUAUCAGGGGAGAUAACAGCACUGCACAUUUGGGAUUAUGCACUGGACGACGUCAUGAUAAAUGAUAUUGCUAAUUUCCAGUCCAACUUGCAAGAGAAGCCAAGAAUCGAACACACAAACAAGCAAACGAAUAACCGAACAAAACACCACGCAGGCAAUGUAGUCAGCUGGCUAACCUCGUCGUGGGAGAUGCACGGGGAAGUCGAGAUCCGGGACCUGCCGCGCGAAAUGGUUACCCAAAUGCCCAUAACCCACAUCAUGAUGGCCGACCCGAAGCCCUUUCCCGAAGCCACUCAUCUCUGUAGCCUCCUGAAGGGGAAAAUGUCUGCUCCAGCAUCAGAAAGAGAAAACGAACUAUUACAUAAUCACACAAUGUCCUAUUACCCACUCUGUAAAAAUAACCUUGGCCACAUCUAUCUGUGGGUCGGUUACUCCGAUGUCAGAGAGGAAGGAGUUUGGGAAGACAGUGGCACCGGCCAGAAGCUAAGUUACCCAGGGAGUUGGAACACCUACGAACCCAAUGGAUAUCGGGAAGAAAACUGCGUCUCCAUGUUUUACUCUCCUGGACGAUGGGUCGAUGUCACAUGCUUCCGAACCCUGUGCUGGUCAUGCCAGUUCACGAAGCUCACGGAGGUGAAAGUUUUAGGCUUAUGUAAAAACUCGGUUCUCGAUUUGCACUAUGUAUUAGCAGGAGACAAGAAUGGAUACCCACACUUCACUGGUUCCCGACGAUCCCACAUAUUCUGGAGUCCCGAAAACCAGACGUACGUGAUGCAGUCCUUGUGGAACAACCAAACUUACGGCGUCAUGAAGAAAAGAGGAGGAGGAACACCAUUGCCAAUAGGAAGUCACACCUGGUCCUUCAGUUCGGCUCUGUGUUCUGGCCGUCCGUCUACUCUGAAGCUAACCUUAUCGGCUUGUAGCUCCGGGUACUUUACGUGCGGAGAUGGGUCCUGCGUAGCUUUUAAUGAGCGGUGUGACAGACGCACAAACUGCAAUGAUUAUUCUGACGAAGAAGAUUGCAGUGUACUGUCAUUACAGCAAAUUACAGACGGCUACCGACCAGAGAUUCCACCUCCAUCUAUUGAUAAUGGAACAGCCCUGAACGUCCUGGUUCGAGUUUACGUCGUUACCCUGACGUCUAUCAACACUGUCAAUAUGGAAUUCACCGCUGAUUUUAUUCUGCAGAUGAGGUGGUACGACGCACGGCUUUUCUUCGAGAACCUCAAAGAUGAAACAGACCUAAAUGCUCUUACACAGACGGAAAAGAAAUCUAUUUGGGUUCCCACAUUAAGUUUCAAAAGCGCUCGUGGAAACAGACGAAGCCUGCUCGACGAAGAGACCAAAGUCUAUGUUCUGAAAAGGGGACAGCCAAUACCAUCGGAUAUGACGUUUGUACAUGAGAUUGAAGUGUACAACGGUCGCACAGCCCAGCUCUUGCUCGAGAGAAAGUAUCACGUCUUGUAUGGCUGCACAUUCGAACUUCAGAUGUAUCCAUUCGAUACACAGAUCUGCACGAUGAGCUUCCAAACUCAGUCUGCCACGAAAAUGUACGUAAAACUGGUGGCAGACUACGUCACGUUUCUUGGUAGAAGGCAACUGGUUGAGUAUGUGGUCGGCGAUGUGACGAUGGUUGAUGUGAACGAUAACUCCAGCUACAGCAGUUUGAAGCUUGACAUGGUCCUGAUCAGGCAGAGUGGAUAUCAUUUGGUCACGACAUAUCUGCCAACUUCAAUAAUGAUCGUCAUAGCAUAUAUUACCUUUUACUUUAAGGUCCACGAUUUCAAUGACCGCGUGAUGGUUUCCCUCACAUCCCUCUUAGUGCUGUCCUCUCUCCUUACACAAACUUCAGAAACUCUUCCCAAGACAUCGUACUUCAAAAUGGUUGAUAUUUGGCUCUUCUUCUGCAUAGUCAUAAUCUUCAUGGUUAUUCUCAUCCAUACCGCAUCCAUCUGUGUACAAGAUGAUCACGAGAUUUGCACUAUGGAUGAUCAGAGUGACAGAAAUGAUGGGUCUAAUGAUCGAUUUGGUGGCCAGGUUAGAGCUGGAAAUGGUUUGAAAAAGCUACAUGUUAUGUGCAAGCAGAGAGUGAGGGUCACUCCAACUUUCAUUCUGACUUUUGGGAAAAUUAGCAUUCCUUUUGUUGUAGGCGUCUUUAAUAUCAUUUACUGGUCUCUUGCCCUCACCAAGUGAGUGUGUAAGCAGUCAAAGGAAUAAUUUCCUUUUCAUCCAAAAGAAAGUUCACAACUGAUAAUGGUCAGUACGUAUUCCAUUAUUUUUUGAGCAAUCAUAAUUCCAAGUCUUAUAGGAUCUUAAUACUGCUGUGGCAUAUCUGUGGAAUAGCACAGCCAAAAGUUUUCAAGUAACUUCCAGAUCUGAAAGCAUCAGUAAAUCAAUUAAAGAUUUUCUAUCCUUUCAAUUCUGUCACUGUAAUGCUGCUACUGAAUUUACAUUACAAGUACACAGAGCCAUGAACAUUUUUUCAUCCAGUGAAAAAUUUCAAAGCUUUUGUGCAUUAAUUAUCAUAGUACUCAUUAGAGAUUAGUAUGUCUACCUAUUAAUAAUAAUUCCAUGACAUAUGUCUCAUGAGGUGGAGCCAUAAGUGACAAGUUCAUUACCAUCAGCACUGUGAAAAGACCCCAUAUCAUAUAUGGAGUAUAAGUGUGCAAACUCAAUGGUAGUAAUAGCCACUCUGGAAUAGUAAAUUUGCCCAAACUUUUUUCUCUUAUUUUCCUUUUUUUGUUUAAGAUAAAGGUAUUUCUUAGCUAGUAAUAAAUGUUGCAGGCUUGUAGUGUAAUACAAAUUACCACAUGAUUUAGUGUUUUACAUGUUAUGGAUUAAAUAAACAGCAAUGAAACUUACCUAACAUUUAUUUUCUUGAAAAUAAAAAGAAGAAAAAAUAAUGGUUACAACAAUACAUAUUUUGAAAGCUGCAUUCACAUAUUAAUGUGUUUUGUUUACAUGGUCGUUUCACAGAGCAGUGAUGAUACUUAUGUGAAAAUAAGUACAGCAAAGUGAAAUGAGAAAAAAAAGAAAGGUGCAUAUAUUCAAGAGAUUCAAUAUAACCGCACACUCUAAGUGCACAAUCGGAAUGAAUAAAAUUAGAAAAGGUUAACAAAAAAAAUAAUAACUUUUAAAAACAGAAGAAGAUACGCAACUCUGCAUCUGGCAUUUGCUAAAGCUAAUUAGAAUCUACAUUCGCUGCGCGUAAUAGAUGAGUCGGAAGCUUACGAGCGUAUGGCUUCACUCUGCUGCCUUAUUUUCAGAUCUAAACUACAUAUAAGUGGAAAAUAACCUUUGAUUCUACACAAUGCUUGAGAUUCCUUAUCAGUGCUGAGUGGUAAGAUGCACUUAAGGGAUUUUUUCUUUUUCUUUGAAGUUGCUGCGAAUUAAGUCAGUUGUUCAGUCUGUCUACACCAAUUUAUAGUUAUAGACAUAUGCUUAAUGAACUAGCUGCUAUAGCUGCUGUGUGUGAUGACACUGGCCCAACUCUGAUAAGGAGUUCAAGUCUAAUUUCUGUAUUUCGUGGAUCGUGAAACGGUGUUUGUCUGCCUCCAUCUUUCACUCUGGGUUGGGGGGAUAUGUUAUCUUCACGGUGAUGCAUCGGAGAUGAGCAUUAUUAGAAUAGAAGAAGAAAGUAGAAGGAAAAAAAGAGAGAAAAAAGGCAUUCUGUACAUUUUUCCUUGGGGGAGGGGGUGUCUCUCUUAGAUUUAUUCUGUAAUAACUACAUACUCAAGAAGGAGACAUUACAGGUUGAAGGAGUAUCACAACUACGACUCAUACACUGUACACCGAGUCCACCACAGAACAAGUGGGAGAGGAAAAGCAGCUCCACACACGACCCACGUAACACUAUGUUUGGCUCGAAAGAUCGCAAUGACGACCAACUUCCACCAGCAUUGUCAAAGAAAUGCAAUUAAAUUGGAAAGCUCCAAGGGAUUCAGAGGAAGAUACCAAUUUGAGCCUCUGGGUCCCGGUAUUAGUCAGCCGGAAUUCAACAUAGCACAACAGGAAGCCUAAUAUAGGCUCAAUGUAAAAUACGUCCCCACGUGGAAUUCCGGUGGAAAAAUGGGCACAUCGCAAUCCUCAAGCACUAACACUAUGUUUUCAUUGCAUAAUAUACAUCUUGACCAUUAGGAAUAAAGCUGUUCAACCAACCAACUUCUCUUGAACAUAUUAGUAUAAGAACAAAAUAUUAAAAUAUAGAAUGGAAUAAUAAAAAAAAGAAAAGAAAAAAUAUACAUAACAAUAAUAGUAAGCUAAUGCAAUCCAAGGGUGGGGGGGAUGGGGAAUGAGAAGAGGUACAAAUGAAGUGAAAACUCAAGCCAACCUCUUGAUGGGAUCAUCCCUUUCUCUGCCAACAUUUUUUGUUGAUCAAGAAGCAGGGACUCUGUCAGCCGUGUGGAAUGGUGGCAGGCACUUGAUGAACAACGGCGACGGCCCUUCUCCUCCUCCCUCAGACCCUCCCCUCCCAUUUCCCUCCCCCCUUCAUCGAAAAACUGAACAAAGGCACCCACCUCUCACCCGCCUCUCCGAGGGCUGGCGCUUUCUCGGACAAAGCCCUGAGAGUGACGAUUUGCUUUUUAUUUCAUCUUUUCCUUAGACAAGCGUAUGCCUAGCGAUCACAACGCGAUGGUUUAUUCACAAAAUAUUAGGGGACUUAUUCUAUAAUAAUUUCUCUUUUUAUUUUUUUAUUUUUUUGUUUGUUUUAUUUAAAGGGGGAGAUG